AUGCGGGCGCGCCCCGUCCAGGGCAAGCCCGCCGGUCCGCACCUGCCCGACCAGGAGGUCGCCGCUCGCCCGCCCGCCCGCCUGCGCGCGCCGCGCCGACCGCCCCAGGCGCUGCCCCGGACGCGCGCCGCCGGUUUAACGGUCCUGGCCCCGGGGCCCCGCCCGCCCGCCCGGGCCCGCGCCCCGCCCUCUGCCCGCGGCCGCGGCGCCCCAGGCCGCGAGCCGACUCGCGGCGAGAGCCGUUCCCCGACGGCAGCCGGGCGCUCGGCCGCCGUGUCUGGGCUGAGCGCCGCGACGCCGCGCCGGAAACCCUCCCAGGUCUUGAGGCGUAUGGAACCUCAAGGUCUUUAUGACAAUGGAAACCAAAAAAUUGAUUGGCAAACCGCUUCAACCAGCAAGACCUGUUCGUCAUCUCUCUUCUUCUCCAGGACCAGUAUUCCCUUUUAACUUUCAGAAUGAAUAUCCAUGUAACACUCAGUGCUUACAAAGUGGAGUUGGCCGAUGUAAGACAAAUGGAAUGCAAGCCUUUUCUCAAGGUCUUAAUGAGCAACAGCAACACCAGUCUCCAGUUAAAAAAGAGAGAAUUAAAUACAGCAGAGAUUUCUUGUUGAAGCUUUCAAGUGUUUCCAUCUGCAGAAAAAAAACCAGACUUUCUGCCUGAUCAUCCCAUUGUACUUCAAA